ACCCUUCGCAUAAUUUAAAGCAAAUCAUAUAUCCUCUUAACCUUACAUCCCAAAAAUACCAAAGAAGAGAAAAAGAAAAUUAAAGAAUGUUGAAGCCUCAGCUUCAUCAAACAUCACAAUCUAUAAAAACCCUAAUCCCAUGGAGUACUACUAAAUCAUUUGUUUCAGGAGAAAUCUUGGCCUCUUUUCCCAUCAAUAUUUUAAAUAAAAACCUUAGACAAAAGAAGAAUUUUAGGGUUCACUAUUAUGCUGCAAAUAGCACAAAAGCUGUGCUUAGUUCUACUGAGAAAUCUACUAGUGUUAAAGCAGUGGUAACUGUCCAAAAAACUGUUGGAGGCACUAACUUAGCUUUAACAAGGGGACUUGAUGAUAUUGGUGAUUUGCUUGGUAAAACACUCCUUUUGGAGAUUGUUGCUGAUGAGCUUGAUCCUAAGGCUGGAACAGAAAAACCAAGCAUUAAAACGUUUGCACAUCGUGGACGAGAUGUGGAUGGUGACACACAUUAUGAGGCUGAUUUUGUAAUUCCUGAAAACUUUGGGGAGGUUGGAGCAGUUUUAGUAGAAAAUGAGCACCACAAGGAAAUGUAUGUCAAGAAUAUAGUAAUUGAUGGCUUUCCCCAUGGCAUAGUUCAUAUUACUUGCAAUUCUUGGGUUCACUCCAAAUUUGAUAAUCCCGAGAAAAGGAUUUUCUUCACCAACAAGUCAUACCUACCAUCUCAAACGCCAAGUGCAAUUAAGAGAUUAAGAGAAAGAGAACUUGUAAUAAUGAGAGGUGAUGGAUUUGGACAACGUAAACAAUUCGAGAGAGUAUAUGAUUAUGAUGUAUACAAUGAUAUUGGAGAUCCUGAUGCUAGUGAUGAUACUAAGAGACCAGUACUUGGUGGUAAAGAAUUCCCUUAUCCUAGAAGAUGCAAAAGUGGUGGCCCACGAAGCGAGAAAGAUCCAUUAUCUGAAUCAAAGAGUACCUUUGCAUAUGUACCAAGAGAUGAAGCAUUCUCAGAACUGAAGGACUUAUCAUUCAGAGGCAACACCCUGUACUCAGUUCUACACGCGGUGGUGCCGGCGUUGAAGUCCGCCAUCAAUACGGACGACGGAUUUCCACAUUUUCCGGCCAUUGACUCACUGUUCAACGUCGGAGUAGACCUUUCACCCCUUAACGAUAAAAGUAGCCUGUUGAAUAUCAUACCAAGGCUCAUUAAGGCCAUUUCUAAUACCCGAAAAGGUGUCUUGCUCUUUGAAACCCCUGAAUUGCUUCAAAGGGACAAGUUUUCUUGGUUUAAAGAUGUGGAAUUUGCUCGUCAAACCUUAGCUGGUUUGAACCCAUAUAGUAUACGCUUGGUUACGGAAUGGCCAUUGAAGAGCAAGCUAGACCCUGAGAUAUAUGGACCUCCUGAAUCAGCAAUCACAAAAGAGCUAAUUGAGCUAGAAAUUGCAGGAUUCAUGACUGUUGAAGAGGUAUAUAUAAACAAAUCCUUUGUUUUGAUAUAUAUAUAUAUAUAUAUAUAUAUAUUAUGAGAAAAACACAUAUUU